UCACUUUCAUUUUAAACUUUUAUAUAAUCCGGUUGUGAAAUAUAACAAUGGACAGUUUUACCAAUUUCAGAGGCUAUGCUAAUUAUAGUGGACUAUGCACAGAACAUUUUGGCAUGAAAAGAGGCUGAAUAAAUAGCUAUUUUACUUAAAAUAGCUGUGCUCUUAUCUCCCUUUGGGUCACAGGUAGUUAUGAAAGUAACUGCACCCUUUUGUUUUGUUUUUGUUUUUUUGAGACAGGGUUUCUCUGUUUAGACUUGGCUGUCCUGGAACUUGCUCUAUAGACCAGGCUGGCCUCGAACUCAUAGCGAACUCAUCAGCCGCUUUAGUACUGGUGUUAAAUGCAUGCGCCACCAUUUCCCAGCUGCCCUCAGGGCAAAACAACAUGUUUCUUAGGAGGUUUCUUAAAUUUUCCUGUUUAAAGAUACCUAACGUAAGGUAUAAAAAGUUUGAAGGAUAUAUUAUAAUCACCUAUCCUCCCAAUUUCUUUUCAAAAUUGAUGUUUAUCCAAAUGUUAGAUUUGUUUGUCAUUUGUCACUUUUCUUGAGUGUACAAGGGCAGGGUGUGGUCUAUUCUAGAGUACAACAGCCACAUCCUAUAGGAAGCAGCUGUUUGUCAGACUAGAGGAGGUGGGAAUAGGUGAUUUGGUGGGAUGUUGUGUCUUGUUCAGAGUCUGUUGAUUGAUACAAUUUUUCAUGGUGUUUGGCGACGCUAGGAGUCUCCUGAUAGACAUAAAAUUGGGAUGCUGCCCUAUGUUAGUUCCGUGGUUAUGAUGAUGUGUAAGUUAAUAACAUGCCUACUCUCCUUCACCAAACCUGCCCAUUUUCUUGGGUGAUUUUUAUUCAAAUUUUACAAACAUGGCCCAUCUAAAACAGUGGCACUGGGAUAGCUGCCAGGAAGUGAUGAACAUCUGUAGAAAUGUUAGCUCGACACCAGGGCUAGCUUUUUUGGUCACUUGUAUUCCUUUGUUUGCUCAUAGCUGUUGUAGUGCCAGAAGAGUAUCCAGACUUUAUCCAGUAUGUACUGAUGGCAGGGUCCACCUGGUCAUCUUCCAAACCGAGAACAUUCUGUCUGGUUGCUGGGAAGUUGCCAUGGUCACGUUCUGUUUUGGAGUUGUAGUGUUAGUACCUGCUUGGGACACAAGCUUGGAGGUGGACUGCUUGGGAAAGCAGUGAGCUGAAGCCACUCUGAUGGAGCAGAGGGCUCUGAAGAAACUGGUGGAGUCCAUCAGGAAAACUGUCAAGAGCUUCAAUAAAUUUGAAGUUGAAUGUCUCAUACAACUUUUCUAUAGCUUGGCGGGAUGCCCUGUUGGGAAGGUUGAUAACACUGGCCUGGACCGGAACACAUUUCGAGGAGUCCUGCAGAACAUAUUCGGAAUGACUAAUGAUAUGUUGAUGAACAGGGUGUUCUUUGUAUUUGACAAGGACGGUGAUAGCUAUGUAAAUUUACAGGAGUGGAUUAAAGGAUUGGCAGUAUUUCUCCGAGGGACUUUUGAAGAGAAGAUGAGAUUCUGUUUUGAAGUUUAUUAUUUAAAUGGAGAUGCUUAUAUUUCCCGAGAAAAAAUUUUUGACAUGUUGAAGAGUAGUCUCUUCCAGCACUCUCCUGAAGAAGAGAAUGAAGAAGGAAUAAAGGAUUUGGUAGAAAUAAGCCUGAAGAAGAUGGAUUAUGACAAUGAUGGCAAGAUCUCCUUUGCAGACUUUGAAAGAGCAGUGAAAAAAGAUGGGCUUUUGUUGGAGGCGUUUGGACCGUGUUUACCAGAUGCCAAGGUGGAGUGACAAACACUGAGAGCAUAAACUAGAUGAUGGAAACUUUUUAUUAAAAGUAUAGUGUGU